GCUUUGUCCAACAACCCUCCCAGUUGAAACACUCCUCUCAAUAUGGAUGCGUCACAUUUUCCGUCCGCCAGCACACCUCAUGUGGCGGACCAGUUUGAACAGGAUCCUCAUGUGACGGAGGAUACGGCCCCCGCAGCGCCUUAUAAGGACGGUUACAGCAGCGAUUCGCGCGCCCACUAUUCCUCCCAUUCCGCCGUCGAAUACCACUCCCCCACUCGCGAGUAUCAGUCUCAUGAUGAUGCCCGGCCGACACCUUCUCCUUUGACCCAACCUCAAAUGCCUUCAUCGUCUCGGCCAAGUUCCGGGUUGUCCAGCGCACCCGGCAUCUCCCAGACUAGCCAGGAUGUCAGCCAGAAGCAACCAUCGCAGCAGCAAACGAAGAACAGCGUGGUGAUCAAGGUCGGAAUGGUCGGGGACGCUCAAAUCGGAAAGACUAGUCUGAUGGUCAAAUAUGUGGAGGGCAGCUGGGACGAAGACUACAUUCAAACGUUGGGUGUAAACUUUAUGGAGAAAACAAUUUCUAUCCGGAAUACGGAGAUCACUUUUUCCAUCUGGGAUCUGGGUGGACAGCGUGAAUUCGUCAACAUGCUUCCUCUUGUUUGCAACGAUGCCGUCGCGAUCCUCUUCAUGUUCGAUCUCACUCGCAAGAGCACGUUGAACUCCAUCAAGGAGUGGUACCGCCAGGGCCGUGGUUUCAACAAGACCGCGAUUCCUUUCCUCGUUGGCACAAAAUACGAUCACUUUGUCAACUUUCCCCGGGAAGACCAGGAAGAGAUCUCGAUCCAGGCCAAGAGGUUUGCCAAGGCCAUGAAGGCCAGCUUGAUUUUCAGCAGCACCAGCCACAGUAUAAACGUACAAAAGAUCUUCAAGAUCGUCCUGGCGAAGGCUUUCGACCUGAAGUGCACUAUUCCCGAGAUCGAGAACGUCGGCGAACCGCUGUUGCUCUACAAAAACGUAUAGAAUCACGAUGAAGUGCAAGUAACGACUAUGUACAUUGGGACGAAGUGAUGUUGACGACUUCUUCUCCCUUGGUGUGGGAUGAAGUGGCUGCCGUGGGAGGAUUUCUACUCUGCGUUUCUGCCGAUACGCAUUCUGCUUUCCUUGACUUGAUUUUCUUUUCUCCAGCAUUGGGACGCGUCCAGGAUUCUAUUCAUGUUCAUCAUUUUUCUUUCUUUUCUUCUCUUUCUUUUUUCCCUUCCUUUCUUUCUUUUCCUUGUGUUAAAUUCCCCACCGUGUUUUUAAUCUCUCUUUCCUCCACAUUUUUUUUUUCUAUUUCACUCAUUAUAAAUCUGCAUCUAAGACUCUUGAUGAGUUCGAGAUCAGAGCCAUGGCGCUAUCACUCGGAGCUCAACUGCUCACGAAAGGAACAUUGGAACCCAACCUUGAAGCAAUAAGGCCUACACUGGAAAUAUGCGUGAUAUAACAUGACUACAUGAAAUUCACUCAAUGUAUGCAACGUCCGACGUCAUCGGAACCCAGCCUCAGCCAGCCCUAAUUACAUACAUCACAUUCCCAACCCCCCUUUAGUACUCAUAAAUUCUCCGAAACUCAUUCAUCCCAUUCCCCA